AUGCAAACGCUGCCACGUGUAUUAGAAAUUCCUGAUGUUUUCUCUAACCUCAAAGAGCUACGUACUUUACAUCUUUCUAAUAACAGCUUCAUCGGUUCGUUUCCCUCUUCAAUUUUAAGUUUGACACAUCUUGAAUACUUAGGAUUGACGAAUAAUUCCCUAUCUGGCCCACUGCCUAGCAACCAAAGCAUGCUUCAAAAGCUAACCGAACUGAAUUUGUCAUACAACUCACUGAAUGGUACCAUACCUUCUUGGGUGUUUAGCCUACCUUUGCUAUCUUCAGUAUCGCUCCAACAUAACCGAUUCAGAGGACUAGCCGAUGAAGUGAUCAAAACAAACCCAACAUUAAAAGAACUGCAUUUAAGCAAUAAUCACCUCAGUGGUUCUUUUCCUCAAUCACUUGUGAAUCUCACAAACCUUGAAACCCUUGGAAUUUCAUCAAAUAACAUCACCAUUGAUGAGGGUAUGAAUAUCACCUUUCUUAGCCUAUCAUCUUUAUUCUUAUCAUCUUGUCAACUGAAGGAUUUUCCACACUUCUUGAGAAAUGUAAAGACACUUCAGGUCUUGGAUAUUUCUAACAAUAAGAUUUGUGGUCAAAUCCCUAACUGGUUUAGCGGCAUGACGUGGGACUCAUUGCAGUUCCUAAACCUUUCUCAUAAUUCAUUAACAGGCCACCUACCACAAUUUCGUUACUAUAACCUACAAUAUCUUGAUCUGAAAUUUAACUUCCUUCAGGGGUCACUACCUUUAUCCAUUUGUAACAUGAGGAAACUUAUCUUAUUAGAUUUAUCACACAACUACUUCAGUGACUCAGUUCCACAUUGCUUGGGAAUCAUGGCUUCACUAACGGUGCUGAACUUAAGAAAGAACAACUUCACAGGUAGUCUUCCUCCAUUAUGUGCACAGAGCACUUCAUUGAGUACCAUUGUCGUAAAUGGCAAUCGAUUUGAAGGACCUGUUCCUGUGUCGUUGCUCAAGUGUGAUAGACUAGAAGUCCUUGAUGUGGGGAACAAUGUUAUAAAUGACACAUUUCCAGCUUGGCUCGGAACUCUUCAAGAGCUGCAGGUCCUUAUAUUAAAGUCGAACAAGUUCCAUGGACCUAUAAGUACGUGUCAGACUAAGUUUUGCUUUCCCAAGUUGCGAAUUUUUGAUCUUUCUCAUAAUGAUUUUAGUGGCUCACUUCCUGCAAAAGUUUUUGGAAACUUCAAGGCAAUGAUCAAAUUAGAUGGCGAAGAUACAGGAAAUAUCAAGUACAUGGAAUCUAUGUCGAAUUUGCCAUUUGUCAGAUCGUAUGAAGAUUCAGUGAGUUUGGUAAUCAAAGGGCAGGAUAUUGAGCUAGAAAGAAUCAGCACAAUUACGACAACCAUCGAUCUCUCAAACAACCAUUUUGAAGGUGUCAUUCCGAAAACACUAAAGGAUCUCAGCUCACUUUGGCUACUCAAUUUAUCCCAUAACAAUCUCAUAGGUCAUAUACCAAUGGAAUUGGGGCAAUUGAAUACGCUUGAAGCUUUAGAUCUCUCUUGGAAUCGGCUCACUGGAAAGAUUCCGCAGGAAUUGACAAGGAUGAACUUUCUGGCAGUUUUUAACCUCUCUCAAAAUCAUCUCAUCGGACCAAUUCCUCACGGUCUACAAUUCAACACAUUUGAAAAUGACUCUUAUGGCGGCAACCUUGAUUUAUGUGGUCCUCCUUUAUCAAAACAAUGUGGAACGAGUGAUUCAUCACAUGUUCCUCAACCAUUGGAGUCUGAAGAAGAUGAAGGUGAGACAUAUUUUUUUAGUGGAUUUACGUGGGAAUCAAUAGUCAUAGGCUAUAGUUUUGGACUAGUUGUUGGAACUGUCAUGUGGAGUCUCAUGUUUAAAUAUCGUAAGCCAAAAUGGUUUGUGGAAUUUUUUGAUGGACUCAUGCCUCACAAAAGAAGAAGGCCGAAGAAGAGAGCUCAGAGACGACGGACAUAAUGGAAGAUUGAGAGGGCCAACUUGUCUUUGUUUGAUUUUGUGGACUAAUUAGUGAACUGUUCUGUUU